AUGGAGGUGUUGAGCAAGGCGUCUCGAGUGGCCACGUCCAAAACUGCACGGAGGACAAUUGUGAACGCGAGCCUCCUCGUCGGCACGUCGUUAUUUCUGCUGCCCUUUGCUGCUAUCGCCUCUAUCCUUUUUUUCCGCGACUACCUACCUGAGCAAGUAGUGACGACCCCAGUCCACCUCCAGUACGGAUCAGGUGCAAAUCCCUUUGGAACAGCAACCAUCCCGACGUCUGCUCUGAGAUCGCAGCAGGAGUAUGAUGUGUCCGUCACGUUGUCUAUGCCUCGUUCGCCUGCCAACACACAACGAGGCAACUUCAUGAUUGCUAUCCACCUGCUGGAUGUUGGAGCCUUGUCGACGGGAAGCAACAAAAUACAGCCUCAUAUCGCUCCUGAACCCUAUGCUCAUUUCGACGGAAAGACAGUCCUUUUGUCUUCAAGGCGGCCCGCUUUGGUGCCAUAUCAAGAUCCAAUGGUAUCGACAGCGUCGCGAAUCCUCUUCCUAGCCUACCACGUUUUGUUCUCCGAUUCGGAAACUUGCGUACUGACCGUACCGAUGGCCGAGCGCGUGGAGUUGGCCAGAGGCUCCUCCUUACCCGCUUCAGCGUACCUUGAACUUCAGGGCGGCCAGGAUAUCGAGACAUACUCUGCCUCGAUUACGCUGACUGCUCAACUGCGGGGAUUGCGUUGGCUGAUGUACAACUACCGCGUGAUGACUCUGACCGCUGCCGUCCUGGUAUUCUGGGCAUCCGAGAUCAUAUUCAUGGCGGUGGCAUGGCUGGCAUGGUCUGGGCUUUCAGGAUCGUCACAGGGCUCUGGCAUCGGCAAUGGAGGAAUCGUGGAAAAGUCGUACAAUAAGUCGAUGGGGCAAGCCAAGCGAGAGGAAGGAAGUGGCAUCGAUGAGCUGUCGGAUGCCCCGAGGACGUUCCCGACCUAUGGGAACCAGGCUCCGUUACGGUAUGAGCCUGAAGUCAAGGACGAGCAGCAUGCGGGGCCUCGUGUGGAGGACCUGCUCCCGCUCGGUGGUGAGGCCGACGACGAGGAAGAAGAUGACGGAAGGGGCUUCAGGGGGGACUCGGGCAUUGGAACGAGUUAUAGAGACGGGGAGGCACCUGAGCGCUGGUACGGAGCUAAGGGCACUAUCUUGUCGCUUCCUUGCCCUCCCACACCGCCAGCUGCCGCCGCCAUUGUCUUGAGCCUUGUCCCAACUUCGACCACAUCACGCUGUAGCCAACAAUACUCUGAUCGCCGCAUUGUCACUGGCGACCGCGGUGCCCUUCGCCCAUUCUCCUUCCUUGCUCGGACUGCGGCGCUUCUACGCGCUCUAGUCCGCUUCGCAGCCAUGCCCUGCUUUAAAGGGAUUGCCGUUAGCAUACAUGCCAACGGUGCUCCUCUUCCCGAGCAUGGUAUGCAAAAGCAGUCACGACUGUCACGCAUCAGCACCUAUAUACCCGUGCCUCAGCCAAGCAUCAACCCCGAUUCGAACAAGCCCGAGCCUGCCAAGUUCGCCAUUUCAAUUACCCUCUUGACACCCGGCUUGCCGAUCCCGUACUCGACUCCGAAGUCCACCGAGACGAACCCUUAUCCCAAGCCCCAGUUCGUCGGAGGCCUGCCCACCGCCGCUCAAGGUCCUUCGAAGUUCUCCGGAGUCGUCAACCCCUAUAUUCCCAUGACCAAUUCUGAGAAUGAGACGAUAGCCGCCUACAUAUACUUUGACGGAAGAUCCAAGGAGGAAGUCGCCACGCUUCUGCGACCGGGUGAGGAGACCUGGGUCAACAGUCGUUGGGUUCAGGUACCCGAUUCUGAAGGCGGAGGUCUUGCUGAGCGCGAAUUUUUAUUCCGCGAAGUCGGCUUGGAGCGUUGGCUUAACGGCUUGGACCUUCAAGGUCACGAUGCGGCAGAGAAGCUGGAACGUCGCCGUCAAAAGUUCGAGAAGCGACGCAGGAGACAAAAGACUACGACUGGAGCGACAAGCAUGCAAGUUGAGGAAGGCCCCAACGGCCCCAGAGACACUCUGCGCUACGGUGCCGAGGACGGAUCUCCUGUUGAGGCUGUCUUUGGCGAAGACGACUCUGACUCCUUAUCCGACGAUGACGAGAUCCCCGAGGCAACUGGACAGAUCAAGGUGCUGAUGUUCCGUGUGCUUGCUUCUGGCGAAAUAAAAAAAGGAGAAUACUCUCCACAGUUCGAUGCUCAUGACGAUGACGAUGACGCGGAGUCCGGAAAGCAAGGCAAUGGGAAGAGCGGCGUCGAUGCUGACGUGGAGCACACUACAAGCUUUGCCAAGCCCAAGACGUUGGAUCCGAAGACUAUUAGUACUCAGACCGUGACGGGUAUCGAUGGCCCCGACAAGCCAUAUGCUUCUUUCACAUUCUUCUACCGCGGGGAGAGGCAACUCCAGAAGAUUGGCAUCAUUGCUUCUUCAAAGGCAGCCCAGGCAACGCCGGGAUCUGCCAAACGCCGGUCUGGGCAGCUAGACUUUUCAAGCCUCGGCCCCUUGAAGACCUCUGGCACCGUUGGAUUUUCUGCCUUCAGAGACCAGGAUACAGAGGCCACCAGACGACGGAAAGCCCGCAAGAAGAGCAAUGGCAAUAUUGGGGGAGCUCUCAAUGACGACAGUGACGACGAUGACGACGAGAGUGAACUUCUUGGAAAGAUGCAGGAUAUUGAUGAAAAGGACAUCAAUAACAAGCUCGCCCCCGAGGACGUUAGAUCUCAAGGGGAGCUUGCUGAUGGUGUGAACCGUAUUCGACUUAAGAGAGCACAUUCAGCCGAGCCCGACCGCUCCGAGAACGCAGGUGCCACCAAUAACUCUGUAAACUCGGGCGCGUUCGGUAAUCCGUUGAUUGGCGCUGCAAGCGCUGCAGGCAAUGGCGAUGUUUCCGAGGGCGUGAACCAGGACCCUAGCAACGACGCUACGAUAGAGGGAACAAUUGGGAGCCCCUUGAAGAAACAUCGGCCGAGUAUUUCUGGCGGCGAUGAUCAAAUCCGAGCCCAGUCAAAUAACUCAGGUUUGAGCGAUGUCAUGAACCGUGGGGUCCCUACACAGACAAAUGCGCCGGCCACCUCGGGUACCAAUGUCGACGAGGAAGAGCUGUGA